GUGUGUCAAUGGACGACGAUCCAGAUUACAUUGAAUUCCUUGACGUGCAAGCAUAUCAGGGAUACGAUCAAGUCCAACACUUGAUUGAAGAGCAAAAUGUUGUCGUUGAAGUCGACGACGACGAAGAAACUGAAGAUGACGACUAUGAUCAACAAGAAGACCAACCGGAAGAAGACGGCGAGUACGACGACCAAGUUUAUGCGCGGUUCGUCACCUCGGGGGAUACGAUAGCUAGGGUUUUAUCGUACAAUCGUGGCGGUCGUGGAAAUAUGACGUCGUAUCAAGAGGCGGUGAGUUUUAGCCGUGAGGGUUUGGAGAAUGCUGCGGAUGAAGCGAAUGAGGGGAGUCAGAAAAGGACGCAACGGGGUGAAACGUCGUCGUGCAAGAAUGAGAAAGUCGAAGGUGGAGAAGAGUGGAACAGAACUGAAAUUGACGGGUUGUUUUGCCCUAUUUGCAUGGAGGCUUGGACCAAUGGCGGUGACCAUCAAGUCUGUUGUCUUCCUUGUGGCCACAUAUAUGGUAUGUCUUGUAUCAAGAGAUGGUUACAACAACGUAGAAGUUCAGGGAAGUGUCCUCAAUGCAACAGCAAGUGCGCGUUGAAGGAUGUUCGAGUACUUUAUGCAUCGCAGAUUGUGGCUGUUAAUGAAGAAUUACAAAAGAAAGUUCGAUCACUUGAAGCUAAAUGUGCUUCUCUUGAGAAGAUGGGUGCUGACUGGUGUAAGAAAGAAGUUGAGUGGCGAAAGACAGAAGCAGGUUUGCAUUUGCAAGUGCAUCAACUUACAGAGAGGACCUGUUAUUUGGAGGGUCUAUUAGGAGAUCAGCAAAGCAAACUAUCAGGAUCCUUGGCUAGUAGUCGGGGUUGUCAAGGACAAGCCACUCUUGGACAUAACCUUUAUUUCGAAUUUGAUAGGCAACGAUGUUCAAGUGGCUUCACAUUGCAGGAUAGACAACUAGAAUUCCUGAAGUUUUUUGGAUAA